AUGAAGGCUGGGAGAGAUUGGGUGAAGGCUGGGGUUACCAGUCUACCGGGACAGCCACAACAGUGGCCACUUCCAUACGAGGAUGGACGCGCUUCGGCGCCAGGGAUUUGGAAAGGAUCCAGAUGGGUUGACGAGGCUGACGACCGCUCGUCCUACCAGGUCACUGACCUCGCGCGAGGUCUUGCUUUAAAAGUCAUUGUGACUGAGACGAAGCACCUGUGA